UUAGAAAAUGAAGUCAAAGAAAUUAAAUUUCACAUUAUAAUAUUUAUCAUUAAUAUCAUAUAAAUUAAACGCAUUAUUAUAUAUAACUGAAAAUUUGAUUGAAAAUUUAUUGAAAAAUUUAUUUAAAAAUAUUAAUCUAUAGAAUUUUUAUGCAUAUAGUAAACAAACGGUAAGUAUUUUAUUCUUUUUAAUUUGGUUAAGAGAAAUAAUCUUUAUAAAUACUUUUUGUAUGAAAUUUAUUUUUCAACGUAGCGGCAUUGCGCGCGCGAAAAUCGAGAAAUCGAUAGAUCGAUCAUUCAUUCGUUCUGCGUCGCGAGUACUAUCGACUGCAUCUUGCUACUAUGUAUGUGUGCCGUGUAAACUGUGUUGGUGAUAUUGCGUUUCGGUGUUAUGCUUAUAAUUCCGCAUUAUAAUAUCUAAAUAAGCAAAGAAUAUGAUGAAAUCUAUACCCGAGAGGUGGUUGGAAUAUAAACCCUAUGGCACAGUGAUCAGUGGUACAAAAAUUCUUCCCUUUAAAGUUCCAUUGAAAGAGGCACUGUGCAACAAGCUAGAGCCGGAAGAACGAUUUACAACGUCGGUACUGCUUGAAGCAUUUCCACGGCUCAAAUAUAUCAUCGACUUGACAAAUACGGAUCGUUACUAUGAUAAACAGGAAUUUACAAAUUCUGGUGUCAAAUAUGAAAAAAUUAUGGUUUAUGGCCGGGAAAUUCCCUCCGUGGACUUGGUGAACAGAUUCUUUAAAACGAUGGAUGAUUUUAUGUCAGCUUGUGGUGAAGACGAUAUUGUGGGAGUUCAUUGCACUCAUGGCGUAAACCGUUCGGGAUAUCUUAUUUGUAGGUAUCUUGUACAGCAAUUAGGUUGGGAAGUCGAUACCUGUUUAAAAGCAUUCGAAGAGGCUCGUGGCUAUCAGAUCGAGCGUAAAAACUAUAUAAGCGCGUUGCAGAAAAUACCACGCGAGAAAAGCAAAACGGGUAAAGUCAAAGCGCGACCGAGGGAUUGGCUUCCACACCCAACCCAAUCAUAUACGAUGGGGCCGCCAGGUCCCGUACCGCCGCGUCGCGGUUUCACAAAAGACGGUCCAUUUUCGUUGCCACAUUUUAGUUUUGGCGGUCCGCCAGCAGGCUUUCGUCCUAUGCUACCUCCACCUGGCAUGCCGCUGGUACCACCGCCACCAGGUCCUUCGUCUAUGUACGGACCGAGGUCAUUCAGGUACAGACCGCCACUGCGACCAGCCAUGUGUCCACCGCCACCUCGACCAGGUUUCGCAUUCCCUAUUCCAGGUUUUCCGCCACCAUGUCCGUCCAGAACACCCGCUGGAAGGUUACCUCAUGUUCCACCAACUCGGUUACCACCACCAAAAAUCCCUCCACAUCCCCUUCCACAUUCUUCGUCAACGCAACCUGUCGUUUUGAAGCGAUUGCAAGGGCAAAAACGAAAGUCGCAUGUGCGAAAUGGCAUUGUGUCGCUGUCUAGAAAUCCCUCCGGUGUUAUUAGGCAAAAUAGCCAAAUGAGUAGGAUAAUACCGAAGUUAGUGAAAGAACAGGACUUCACGGUAGAUACGUUCGAAGAAAAUUUACUCGCCGUCUCGACUCAAUCGAACAGGCGGCCAACGAAAGGAAAAUUCAAUCAAACCAAGUGACGACGUGCCAUUUAGGAGUCAUGGAACGUUUACUUAAACGUUCAACAUCCCGUGUAAUUCGCUGUUACCGAAAUUCGCAGUUUUCUGCGAUGGUUUCGUUAGCCAUUAAAGGAAUAAGCAGUUGCGAGAAUGGACAACGGCUACUAAUUAACAUGACUAUGGAAAUUUAUCUGACUUGGACAGCAAAGAAGCAUAAAGAUAUACUUUGAGUGUGUUUAUAUGAAAUGUGAAAACUUGUACAGUACGAUUGACGGCCAUCCUACACGACGCCCCUUUCUCGUUAUCCCAUGCAACAUGUUCCUUGACACUAUUUUACGAGUACUUUCAUCAUUUCUGAGAAUAAAUACACUUUGUCGAUGAUAUUAUUAUGAUCCAAUCCAUCACCAUUCUCCUUCUGUAAUUAAUUAUUUAAAUAAUUCAUGAUCGAGGAUUAUGAUCUAGUACUUAAUUGACUACAGGCGAUUAUUGCUAUCGUUAAUUUCGACUGGAAAGAUUACAGUUCGAUCUCUGUGCAUAGCUUUAGAGUGAAAAUAAAUCUUUCCAGCAGAGUUAGCCUUAAGUACAGUAUUUGCAAAUACUGUAUAUCAUACCUUUAAAUACAUGUAGACAAUUCAAACGGCUUGUUAAUUAUAUUUUAUGACUGCAAAUAUGAUGAAUCCUUAAUUUCUCGAUCGGCUUCUUUCCUUACAAAUCAUUUCGAGCGACCUUCUUUUAAAAAAAUCUAUUUUUUUAUUAAGGACUACUUGUUUAUUAUUAUUAAUUAAUAAACGAUCAUCGUAUACUAAUAGAUAAUAAUGUAUUUAUCUCUGUACAGUUUAAAUCUCAAGCGUAUUAACUUGAAAAUAUUUCUGACCAAGAGAUUUGUAAAUACUGUGCUACAAACAUUUAUUUUCAUUCUAUACUUAAUAUAAUAAUUAUGCUAUUUCUUCGUAAAUCAUUCCAUAUUAUGAUCUUUGUGUGUAAUUCGAUCCUUUCAUAUUUUUCAUUAAUUGUAUCGUAUGUUAAUAACGGUAAGAAACAAUGUGAUGAGAAGAAGAAUUUUUACUUGAUUUCCUUAGCGUCGUUGGCGUUUGCAUUCUGUAAAUGGAGUACAGUAGAUGUAAUUUCUCGUUGUAAAUCAUGAAGAUUAAGAAAAUUUUUUGUUAGAAAAUAUGUUACACGAUCAAUGUUAUUAGCAAUGUCACGUAAAGACAAAAGCAGCUAUUCUUUGUUCAAUAAGAUGGAGCUUGAAUCGUUUGAAAAGUAAAACGCGAGGAGACUAUACUUUACUAGCUUUUCGUAGUAUUUAAAAUAACUCGUAUAUAUAAUUAAACGCGGAAGAUAAAUAACACGUUGAAAUCAAGACAUUUUCUUGCAUAUUUUAUGACCUGAUGAAAUUGUGAUUAAAAAAAAAUGUAUCUGCAUACUGUUACAGAGAAUUUAUAUUUUAAGUGUAACAUUUUACAUUUGUAAAUAUUUCGAGCAUGAACGUAAUCGUCUCAAGGGGGUAUCCUGAAUUAGAAUGUUCUAAAACAGCGUUUUUUUUCUAGUGAUUUUUUCUAGAAGAGAAAGAAGGAAAGAAAUGGUUAUUAAAUUUUGAGGUAUGGUUAUAUAUAUAUUUAACGAAUACAAAAAAAUUCUUUUUAAAGUAAAAAAAUAAAUUAUAAUAGAUUUCUAAGCUUAUUUCAUGGGCGUCUUGUCGCUACAGUCUUCGAUCGGCGGGAAAGAUCCACCUCGUAAUUCUUGGCUGAAACAAAGAAUCAAAGAAGGAUUAAAUUAUUAUAUAUUUUUCUUCUGGGUGAACUAAACAACGGCAGGAAAAAAGCUUAUUUAAAUAAUUGUUAUAGUUUAUUUUUUUUAAAAACACUUGUUUUUAAUUUCACAUUUUUUAUAAAAUUAUUAAAAAUUAAUUAAUUAAAUUAAAUUAAUUAAAUUAAUUAAUAAAUUAGUUGAUAAAUAAAUUAAUUGAUUAAAUAAAUCAAUUAAUUUAUUAAAUAAAUUAAUAAAUUAAUUAAUUAAAUUAAAUUAAUUAAAAUUAAUUAUAAAAAUAUAUAACAAUUUAAUCCUUUUUUGGUUUUUUGUUUCAAUUUUUUUUUAUUUAAUCUUCUGAAAGUUUCAAAUAUAUGUAGAGUACCAUAUGUCAAAGCGAUUUUUCAAAAUUCUGACAGUUAACGGAGCUACAGAGAUCAUGCGCUUUUGUGUUAUUUCGUAUAAAAUUGGAGUUCCAGUAUUAGUUCAAUGAGCGUCGUCGAGCAAGUAUCUUGCAACAGUCGUGUAAUUCUCUUGUCGGCCUUUACGAUUCGUUAUUAUUUAGAUUAUUUUGUUACUUUCUUAAUUAUACGUUUAUCAUUAUUUAAUUAGUUUCUUAGUUAUAUAUGUAUUUAGGCUUAGUUUACUUAGUUAUUAUAUAUUUAUAUAAUUUGUGAUAAAUGAAUAUGAAUGUAUUGAAACGGAAAUUUUUGGACCAAGAAGGAUGAUCAAUAUUUAAAAAACUGGCACGAAAAUAUUUAAAAAAAUCAUCGACCUCCGAAUAGGCAAAAUUUGAAAAGGGCCAGAGACAGAAAAUCAAAAUAGAAGUAGGAGAAUGCGAUAUACAUGUAUAGCCGGAUAGCUACAUAUUAUUGCGCGUGUAUGUAUAAAUUUAUUGUUGCACAUGGAGUCAAUAUGUAUAUCUCAUCAUUAUUAGAUGAAUCAUAGAACAAGGAACAUCAUAGUUUGUCAUGCAGCGAAGUUUAAAAAUUUCGGGUUGAAAAGUUUCAGUGUGUUGGCGAAUUGGCCUUUUUCGUGCUUUGGAUUUAAGGAAUCUAUUACAGUAAGUACUGAAUUGUAUUGUGUAAUCCUUACACGGUAAUAAUAUUUUACCUGAAUUCUUGUCGCAUAUUGAAAUGUAAAUAUAUAAUAUUUAAUAAAUUACUUCGUUCGAGAUAAAGCCAGGUAUUUGAUUGUAGGUAAAAUCAGAUACACGGGUAUCAAAAUGUCUUUUUGUUAAAAUGUCUUUAUUUCUUUUGCUACCUAUUUGUUUUGAUGUGAUCUUGUUAUCAAGAGAAAUUCUCAUUGUAAGAAAGAAACGAAGAAAGUCAUGUGAAGUACUUUCCAUCACAAGACAUUGGUGCAUUUGGAAGGAAAUGUUAUAUUUUUCUCCUACGAUUACAUUACUUUAUACUGAUAAUAUAUUCUUCUUAUCGGGGAUGGUUUCUACUAAAAAUGCAAAUGUCUGCGGAAGAGAUGUGCGUAUUUUGUGAUUCUCUUCAUAUAUUCGAAAGAGUUGAUUAAAUGCAUUAUCUUAUAUGGCGUAGGUGGAUUUAUGAAAUGUGCACAAAUAUACAGGCUGGCAACGAGUCUUUUAUUUGUGACCCUUCUUACUACAUGAAUUAUAAUAAAUUUAUGAAUAAGUUGCAAAUAAGCCAAAUAAAAGUACCAAAAAAGAAAUAAACUAAAGCUGUCUAUGAAUCGAUUUUCACAUAAUUAAAAUAAGUUAAUGUAAGUGAACAUAAAUUAACAUAAGUUAAUAUUUGGCGAAGUCACAUAAAAGAACUUUCUUUAUUAGCUUUAAUAUAAGUUUUAAUAUAAAAAAAGAAUAACAAAAAUAAAGAUUUUAUAAAUACAUCAUAUUUUACGUGUUUUUUAAUACACAUAUCAAAGUGCCAAUUACGAAGAAUCGUCAGGGAACAUGCAGUCGAUGUAUAGAACUGUCUCAAAGAUUACAAAAAAAGUAUUCUGUAAUAUUAUAGAAAUUAUAUAGAGGAUGGAGACAAUAGAACGUUCAAAGCUGUAAUUGAUGCAAAAUCAGAUUUUCUAGAGACCAAGUAAUCCUCAAGAAGGAAUACAUUGGCCAUGCGAAAAAAAUGAGAAAAAGGAUGGGAAGUCUGUUGUGAAAUGCAAGGCAGUAAGCAAAAACUUACUGAUAAAUUAGUAAAUGAAUUGACCGUAUAUUAUGAUCUUGUUAUCAAGAGAAAUUCUCAUUGUAAGAAAGAAACGAAGAAAGUCAUGUGAAGUACUUUCCAUCACAAGAUAUUAACCAAUGAAAAUGUUCAGCAGCAAAUGUGUUCAACUGACGAAAAUUCUUGGUGCAUUUGGCAACAAGCAAAGACAAAGAACACAUUACGCUAUUAUGUGCACAAACGUCUCCUUCACCAAAUUGUUCGAGAUGUAAUUGGCCCAAUUUACGAAGAAGUCAACUUAGAAGAUGUGUUAAAAUUAUGCGAACUUACACGAAGUUAGAUUUACACAAAAGAGUAACAAAAGUUUGAAUUCAUUGAAGAUUUUACGUUUGGCGGAAUAGAGGCAGAUAGUCUUUCUAAUACGCCGUCUCUUGAAAUUAGUGCUGUUACGCAAGAGAAAAGAUAAAUUCGAAAGUUUGAAUUUGGACUAUAGGGCUCCAAAAAUAUCAGUUUAUGAAAAACAUACAAUUGAUAUUGCAACAUUUACAGUUGUCAGCGUCUUUAAUGAUAGCUACAAAAGCAUUUUAUCAAUGAUGCAGAUAACGCAAUUAAACAUUGAAGUCGAUUGUUUCAACGUUUGCUAAAUAACGGAUAAGCAAUGUCUAAAGCUCGCUGCAGCAAAGAUGAGGAGGAGCGAAAGAAAGCUCGUAUCCUUGCAACAAAACAAAAAGAGACUUGAGAUAGAUUUUUUGAAGAUUUGAAUUGUAACGUUUGAAAUGACAAACUCGAAUGUCUAAUCACCGAUGCAAUGGUAGACAUUUUCUACAUAGUAAUCUCCUCUGUGCUAUUGAUACGUUCGUGUCUAAAAUUAAUUAUUUACCUAAAUCUACCGAUGUUUCUCUAAAAUUUUUUGAAGAAAUUAUUGUAUACAUGAUUCACAAACAAUGUAAGAAUCUUAUGCGUAAAUCUCAACAUGGUUAUAUAAUUAAUAGGUCGUCAGUUACAAAGCUAUCGGUUUUCGGUAAUUAUGUGUCAAUAGCUCCUGACAGAAGAAAGUAAAUUCAUGUUAUCUUCACCGAUUUUUAUAAGGUUUCUCAGACAAUCAACCAUCAAAUACUCGCAUAAAAGUUAUACAAUUUUGGUUCCCGUGGAAGUAUAACAGAACUCAAAGGGUGCUCGUUCGUAAUAACUUUUUUAAGAUAAUCAAAGUCAAAUGAAGAGUAUUGCCAGGAUCACAUCUUGGUCCAUAUUAUCUGUUAUUUUCAUCAAUAAUUUAAGUGAAUUUGCCCAUGUUAAUGCGUUAUUUAUUGUACUCUGUAUCUGAAAGUCGAUUUAAUGAACAUUAAGUGAACUUGCAAUCUGUUCUAACCAGAUUAGCAAACUGGCGUUCUUUGAACGAACUGGAACUAAAUAUAUCGAAAUGCCGUAUAACGCGAAUUACGUAAUGUAAUGUAAAUGUGCGACAUUAUCGAACAAGUCUGCGAUCCUCGGAGUUAGGUAUAUUUAUUAUAUUAUAAUAUUAUAAGAAUUAAAAACGUCAUUGAAAUAUUUAUUAUAGUAUAUUCACGAAUAUGUUUUCAUCAAUGUAUUUGUCGUACGAUUAAUAAGGCAUAGAAAUCUCUAAGCCUAAUCAAACGUUCAUGCUCAACCUGUAACAGGUGUAACGUCUUUAAAAGUGCUUUAUAUAUCGAUAAUUAGGCCUAUUUUAAAGUAUGCAAACAUAAUCUGGACUGUCGUCAAUCAAGAUAAAUAAAAAAAAUGGAUAAAAAACAAAAAAAUAUAUAAGUUUCUUAAAUUUUUAUGGUUUAUGACGGAAGGUACUAUGCUAGUUAUAAGCUUAUUCAAACCUUUCUUCAUUGCUCUCCAGAAGAAUGAAGACGUAUUAACGAUCUUAUUUUUCCGUUUAAACUUAUAAAUGUAAAAAUGAACUUAAUGUUCUUUCAAGAUCUUUUCGCUCCUCUCCACCUUCUUCUCAAAAUUGCUGCAGAACAGUGAAAUAAAUAAACAGUGAAAUACGUAACUCUGCAAGAUCUUUGCUUUUGGAUCUGUCAAAUCCUUCAAAACUUCCAUUCUACUUGUUGUUGACCAUGACCAUCCAAACAGAAAUUAAAUUUGUUUCACUGUUUUCAUACAUUCUUUGUAAUUUCGCGAUAAUAUUAUUUUACUCGUGCGUACUACGAUAUGACGAACAAAAUUCCAAAAUAUUGUAACCCAGAUUUGUAAUGAGACAGUUUCCCUUAUAUAAACGAAUAAAUAAAUAAAUAAACCUUUUUAUAGUCCUUAGAA